AUGAUAACCACGGUUUUUCCCAAUAAUUCUGUUCUCUUCCCACAUACUUUCUUCCUGGCUGGCAUCCCAGGAUUGACUGCCGCCCACAUUUGGAUCUCACUUCCCUUUUGCUUUAUGUUUUUCCUGUCAUUGACUGGGAAUGGUGUCCUGCUUUGUCUCAUUGGGACAGAACGCAGGCUUCACCAGCCCAUGUUUCUUUUUCUUGCCAUGCUCUCCUUUGUCGACUUGGUCCUCUCUCUCUCCACACUGCCUAAGAUGCUGGCUAUUUUCUGGUUUGGUGCUACAGCCAUCAGCUCCUACUCCUGUCUUUCCCAGAUGUUCUUCACCCAUGCAUUCUCUGCCAUGGAGUCAUGGGUGCUAGUGGCCAUGGCCCUGGACUGCUCUGUGGCCAUGCGUUAUGCAACCAUCCUUACACCUGUUGUUGUUGCCAAGAUUGGAGGCCUGGUGGUGUUGCGAGGGAUGGGAUUGACCAUCUCCUUUCCAAGAUUGGCUCAUAGGCUGCCCUACUGUGGCUCUCACACCUAUACCUACUGUGAGCAUAUGGCAGUGGUGAAGCUGGCCUGUGGGGCCACCACUGUGGACAACCUCUAUGCCUUUGCCAUGGCAAUCCUUCUUGGUGUGGGGGAUGUGGCCUUUAUUGCCUAUUCUUAUGGGCAGAUUGUGAGGAUUGCAAUGCAUUUUCCUUCACCUGAGGCACGUGCUAAAGCAGGCGGCACAUGUAUAGCCCAUGUCUGUGUCAUCCUCUUCUUCUAUGGACCUGGCUUUCUUUCUGUGGUCAUGCAGCACUUUGGACCAUCCACAGCUUCUGCUGCAAAGGUCAUCCUUGCCAAUCUCUGCUUGCUCUUUCCGCCGGCACUGGAUCCCUUUGUCUAUGGCAUGAAGACCAAGCAGAUCUGGGAGCGGCUGUUGAUGAUUCUGAGCCCCAAGUGGAUUGAGCCUACCUGA